UUUUCCCUCAGUCUUUCAUGUAACAGAUGAAAGCAAGCUUCAACAAGUUUUGGCCAUGCCUCAACCUAACAACAUUCUGGUCCUCUAUAAUUGAAGUUCAUUCAUAGUUAGCUUGUGGUAUCAUAUUUUAAUUGUGAUAUCAUGCAAUGACUCAGUAACGUUUUCUGUCAUGAUCACGGUUAUUAGUGGUUCCGUGCUGUCUGCUCUCUCUACACACCUGUCCAUCAUCAGCAAUCACCACACCUGUCUGCCAUCAGGUCAUCACCUGAGAAAGUGUCGAGCUAGUUAGCUCACCAGCCUGCCUGCCUGUCUGUCUGAGACUUGUUUUCUGUGUUUCAGGAUUAUCCGCCUGCCUGCCCAUAUCACUGUUCCCUCUGCCCGGCCUCCAUCCGGAUUUCUAUUGCCUCUCCUGAGCCAGCUACAUCUCCCCAUUCCUGCUGGUCCACCACCAACAUCACCUCCUGCCAUAUACCUGCUUGCCUGCUCUCCACCAUCCAUCUCCGGACAGCCCACAUUGCGUGCCUCCACCGUCUAUUGGACCCGCUGCUUCACCUCAGCCCUCCACCUCAUCAUCAGACCAUCUCCUUCCCCUUUCUUCCCAAGUCACAAAUAAAUCUCCUUCUCUUGCCAAAGUUCGUCUGCGCCUGCAUUUUGGGCUGGAGGCUGAAUCAUCACUGCUGCUGUCAUCCAAUCAGCUGAGGGCUGAUGGGAUUGGGUGAGCCAUCAAAAGUGUUGUUUCCUCUCGCAUCCUUGGAUACCCACACAUCUGCGUUAUUUGCAUGCUCGCACGGCCCUGCACGUUGCUCUGUGCGUCUGGUUCAUCGGUGAUGGAAAACAACCGCUGCUUUGCCAACCGCUUCUCUGACUACAAAGGUGCGCUCCUCCCGGGUCAGGCCAUCGUGCCAGCCGUCGUCGCCACCGUGGAUAAAGUCCUGAAAAAGAUCCCCAGCGACAUUAGUGACUGUGACGGAGGGCUGUACGAUGGUCCUGCCGGGGUGGCUUACAUGCUGUAUCACGUCAGCGAGUGUCCGCUGUUCUCCGAGCACCGGGACGUCUACCUGAAGACGGCCAAGCAGAUCAUCGACGUCUCGGUGAGAUGCGUGGAUGCGGAGCCGGACAAAAACAUGCGUGCCGCCUUCCUCCUCGGCGGUGCGGGGAUCUACGCGGUGGCCGCGAUGAUAUACAAAUCCCUCGGGUUGGCUGAUUUCGUUAAGCCGCUGACCAAAUUUCGUAACCUGUGGGAGGUGUGCGCGCCAAUCAAUUUUCUGGAGUGCGGCUCGGAUGAGCUGUUCGUGGGGCGCGCCGGGUACCUGUGCGCCACCCUGGUCCUCAGACAGAAGCUGGGCAUAGAGAUUCUGAGCAAGGAUCAAAUCAAAUCUAUUUGUCAGGCCAUCAUCGAGUCAGGAAGACAGUACGCCAGAAAGAAGAGGAAGCCUUUCCCUCUCAUGUACUCGUACUAUGGAACGGAGUAUCUUGGUGCAGCCCACGGCCUCUCAUCGGUGCUGCAGAUGCUGCUGAGCUACCAGGACAUGCUCAGCGGGGCAGAGAAGGAUUUGGUGUGGCAGAGCGUCGAUUUCCUCAUGAACCAGGAGCAGAACUGUAACUGGCCUGCGGAGCUGGGCGCCAUCAUCGAGAGAGAGAACGAACUUGUGCACUGGUGCCACGGAGCCCCAGGUGUUGCGUACCUGUUUGCUAAAGCCUACCUGAUCAAUAAGAAACCGCAGUAUCUGGACACGUGUAUCCGCAGUGGGGAGCUCGUGUGGCAGAAAGGUCUGCUGAAGAAGGGACCAGGCAUUUGUCACGGGGUUGCCGGCAGCGCUUACGUCUUCCUCCUGCUUUAUCGGCUCACCGGCAACUCAAAGUACAUCUACCGUGCUCAGAGGUUUGCAGAGUUCCUCUUCACUGAGGAGUUUAAGAUGGGCUCCCACUCAGUGACCAGUGUCUGCAGUCUGUUUGAAGGCCUGUCGGGGACGGUUUGCUUCCUGGUCGACCUCCUGCAACCGGACCAGUCAGAGUUCCCUCUGUUUAGUGUCUUUGUGUGAAUGGACCCCAGUUUACUGCUGUCCACUGACCCCAACAAACAUCACCCCUUCCCUCUGAAAUUCACCUGAAAUAGAAACAUUAAGAACGUGGAUUAAAACUGGGAGAGGGAUGGUGUUUGUUUGGGGUUUAGAAAAUCAUGUUUGAGUACAGUCGCAGCAGAAAAAAAAUUAUCUAGAUCUUUGUGUCUAUACUAAAGUGGCUGUGCAGCUUCUAAGCUUUGCCAGAUUUAUUCCACUGACUGCAGCAUUGCCCAUUUCAGUUUACAAUGUAGUAAAUCGCACUAAAGCAGAGGUUUUCAAACUGUGAGGUGGCGUAGAAGGAGAGGCUACGUGUCUCUCAGACUUUGAAAACCUCUGCAUUAAGUAUUGGCAGUCAGAAAAGUGGUACUGCUCGUACAUCGAUUGAAUUUGCAGCAUAUUGUACAAAGACGCUGCUCUCAGGUCAGAAAGACACAUGCACAUAUACCAUUGACAGCUAAAAAAAAUAAAAAUAAACGGCAAUCACACCCACGUCACACAAAAGCAAGUGUCACAUAAUGCCUUUAAAGUUUUUCUACCACUCCACCAGCUGAGUGUCACAUAUCACAGCCCUUUGAAUUUGUGUCUUUAGGGUAUGAAAUUACUUAAAUUAUUAUUAUUAAUCUUUAAUAGUAAAUAUAACGGAGGGAUUUUGAUACUGGGCUCAUAAAAGUUGGGCAGAGAAGCACAGACACUUAGAGAAAUGUAGAUUGUCGUCUCACUUUGCACUGUGCAACAUCGCCGUGUGAAACGAGGUUACGCUGUUUGUAUAUUCGAUGUUUCAAACUGUGUUAGAUAACGUUUGAGGGAUCUUUGAAAUGUUCAAUAUGUCGUGAUUUGUUAUGACUUACCCCGUGUAAAAAAAACACCCUGAUGUUAGACUGUAGGUUUGUGACAGAGACAAAGAACAAAAGAGUCGGUGUGAGAAUUAAAUUUUCUUUCCAGUGCAGUCUGUUCAAGAUGCUACUCAGUUAUGUGGAUUUAUCUUAAAAUAAAUGUAAUAAUGAGGCCUUACACACAAAUUUUCUUGCAUUUGGAUAUGAUCGGAUCUCUCUGUCGACGACAUUGGAAAGUGAAAAAGCUUUGGGGCGGCGUUUUGGACUCAAGU